AUGGCGGACGUGGAGAAACCAGAAGCCAUACAGGCUGAAGCGGCACCCAAAAGUCCGGGUGACGGUGUCACUGAGCUUAAAAAGCCCAUAACAGUGGACACUCUACACAACGAUGAGGCGAUGAAAGUCCUGGCUGCUUACACUGGAGAAGAAACAUGGGACGAGAAAGAGGAAAAGAAGGUUCAGAGGAAAAUCGAUCGAAGGUUGCUUCCCAUCCUCUGCGCUACGUACGGGUUGCAGUAUUAUGACAAGGCUAUGCUCUCGCAAGCGGCACUCUUUGGUCUCCGUACCGAUCUCAAUCUCGAAGUUGGCAACCGCUAUUCUUUCUCCGCCGCAAUCUUCUAUCUGGGUUUCAUCGUCGGUGCAUACCCGGCCAUCGUCAUGGCACAGCGUUUCCCCAUUGAACGCGUCGCCUCUGGUAUCGUCUGUGUCUGGGGGAUAUGUUUGAUGUGCACUGCAGCGUGCCAUAAUUGGCAGAGCCUUUACGCUCAGCGGUUUUUCUUGGGCUUCCUGGAGUCCGGAAUCAGUCCCAUGUUCAUGCUGGUCGUGGGGCAGUUUUACAAGAAGAACGAGCAGGCGCUGCGGAUGGGUGCCUGGUAUUGCUGCACUGGUUACGUCUCCAUCGUCUCCCCACUGAUCAACUACGGCCUCGGCCACAUCCAUGGCUCCCUCUCUCCCUGGCGAUAUAUGUACUUGGUCGCUGGAGCUCUCACCAUCAUCUGGUCCGUGGUCAUCCUCUUUUUCAUGCCUCCUGACCCUAUCCGUGCCCGGGGUUUCAACGAGCGUGAACGCUAUAUCGCCGUGGCCCGGUUGCGGAUCAACAACGCUGGCGUCCGGAACACACAUUUCAAGAAGGAACAACUCUGGGAACUGCUGGUCGACGUGAAAUUUUGGAUCGUCUUCGCAAUGGCAUUCCUCAUUAUGAUUGCCAAUGGACCGGUAUCGACCUUUACGCCGAUUAUCAUUGCCAGUUUCGGAUUCAACACUCUGAACUCGUUGCUGUUGGUCAUGCCGGCUGGCGCAAUUAUUGGGACAAUAGAAUGGGUGGCGCCUUAUAUUGCGUACAAGUUUCCGGGUAUGAGAGCCUAUUUGGUGGCUAUUUGCGAGAUGGGUACCAUCUUGGCCAGUCUUUUGCUUUGGUUGUUGCCUAGGGGUUCUACCGGCGGGUUGCUGUUUGGAGCGUACAUCCUGGCGAGUUUCGGGGGCGGGUAUGCGGUGUUGAUGGGCAUGCAGAUUGCCAACACGGCCGGGUAUACGAAGAGGAGCUUGGCGAGUUCAGGCAUUUUUGUGGGCUAUUGUCUCGGCAACUUCGUUGGGCCUCUCCUUUUCAAACCUGGGGACGCCCCCGUCUACGCACCAGGUUUCAUCGCCGUCAUAAUUACCUCUGCAGUGGCUGCCGGUUUGUCCAUCGUGUAUCGCCUCAUCUGCGUCUGGGAGAAUAGGAAGCGGGAUAAAGCGGGCACAAUGGAAGCGUUUGAGCAUGCUUACGAGGAUGAUUUGACAGACAAGAAGAAUCCGCAAUUCAGAUAUACGCUCUAG